AGAGGGAAAAAACAGUAAUAAGAAAAACAAAAGCAAAUUUUGGAUCUACUUCAUCGUGCUCAACGGCCCCUCGCCCCCCUCCCUCAAACUUCUCCGCCCCCCCGCCCCCGCCCCCGCCAUGAGAAUACGCAAGCACGCCAAGAUUUCUCCACUGCUCUACGCGUCGUCGUCUCUCAAGGCCGGCCCCCUCCUCCAAACUCAUGUCUGCCAGCUCAAUCAGUCGCCGUGGGACGUCAUGACCUUCUCGCCACCGUCGUCUCCUCCUCCGCCGUUUCAGAUGAACGGGAGGGAUGCUCCUGCUGAAAAUGGGAGCUCCGACCACCGCGUUUCAGUUGCUGAGAGGGAGCUUACGAGAUCAGAAUAUCCGAUCUCCACGCGUAAGGUAGAGGCGGCGGACGAGGAUACGCCGCCGCCGCCAGUAGAAAACGAGGCUACUAUUAUUUACUGCUGCAAGACCGACGGGAAGAGCUGGCAGUGCCGGAGAGAGGCCGCGGAGGGAAAUUCGCUAUGCGAGCACCACUUAUCCUUGGUCAAGAGCUACAACACCAACGUCGCUCAUAAUCAUGCCGCCAGGAAAUCCGUCAAGCCGGCGGCGGCGGAGGCCUCGCGCCGCCCCCGGCCGAAGAAGGCUCCGGCAGCCUCGUCAUCCAAUCCGUAUGAAUUCUACUACUACUCGGGCUUCGGGCCGCGGUGGGGCAAGCGAAGAGGCGAAACUGAUCGCAAGAAUAGCAACGGCAUGCCCAAAAAUGUUGAAAUGCAGCCGGUAAUGAUCCCUAGCAUAGGCGAUGAGGACUUCAUUUUCGAGGAUGAGGACGAAGACGAGGAUGAGGAGGAUGAGGGGGAAGAGGCUAGGAAUAAUGGGAAGAAAAGGAUGAGAAAGCCGAUCAAAGCUAGGUCGCUGAAAUCGCUCUUUUGAGGACUAACUCGUGUAGAAAUUGUAUGGUGUUGAUGUUUGUAGUAGCCGUGACUUUUUUUUUUUUUUCCUUCCCUAAAUUAAGCUAAAUUUUUUAGGGUGCAAAAUAUAGUAGGUUUGACGGUUUUGGUGUUCUACUUUGGGUGAGGUUAAGGUCCUCCCUUGCGUGCGACAUGGCCACGCACAUUUUAUUAUUGCUUGGGAAGAAUAUCGAGAAAUCCCGAGGGUAGAAUGGUCUUUUCAUGCAGCA